UUUCACUAUAAACAACUUUUUCAAUCGUUGUUUGAUCUGUGCACUCAUCAAUUCAUUCAGAUCCCUAUUACACACACACACACAGCUCCCAUUUCACUUGUUCACUGUUAACCAUGGCUGAAACUCUUGCAAAUGAACUCCUCAAAGUUCUUGUUAAGAAGAUGACCGAUGAAGCCUUCAAGCGAGUUGCUCGUGCUCAGGGAAUUUACAACGAGCUCAAGGAGUUGAAGAAGACACUCUCCAGGAUCCAAGAUCUACUUCAAGAUGCCUCUCAGAAGGAGGUUACCCAUAAAUCUGUCAAAGAAUGGCUGAAUGCUCUCCAACAUUUGGCUUACGAUAUCGACGACGUACUCGACGACGUGGCGACUGAAGCUAUGCAUCGUGAGCUCACCCUGCAGGAGCCUGCAGCAUCCACCAGCAUGGUAAGAAAGCUCAUCCCAUCAUGCUGCACAAAUUUCUCACUAACUCAUAGGCUGUCUCCCAAGUUAGAUAGUAUUAACAGAGAGUUAGAAAAUCUAGAAAAACGAAAAACGGAUCUAGGUUUGCUUAAGAUAGAUGAAAAGCCAAGAAAUACUAGUAGAAGAAGCGAAACCUCUUUGCCAGAACGCCAUGUUGUCGGAAGAGAAGUUGAGAAAGAGCAAUUGCUUAAAAAGUUGCUGGGGGAGGAUGGGUCCUCUGAGGAUAACUUUAGCGUCUUACCUAUAGUUGGUAUGGGUGGGGUUGGAAAAACCACUCUCGCUAGACUUUUGUAUAAUGAUACAAAGGUGCAGGAUCACUUUGAACCCAAGGCAUGGGUUUGUGUAUCAGAUGAUUUUGAUAUUUUCAAGAUAACUGAUGCUAUCCUUCAAGAUGUGACUAAAGAAGACCAGAAAUUUAAAGAUCUAAAUCAGCUUCAAAAGGCUCUCACUGAGCAAUUUAAGGAUAAACGAUUUCUACUAGUAGUUGAUGAUGUGUGGAGUGAAAACUAUGGUGAUUGGGAAAACCUAGUGCGCCCAUUUCUAUCAUGUGCUCCUGGAAGUAGGAUAAUCAUGACAACUCGUAAGGAGCAAUUGCUCAAACAGAUAGGUUUUCAUAAUGUAGACCGUCUCAAGAGUUUGUCGAAUGAAGAUGCAUUGCGUUUACUUGCAAUACAUGCAUUGGGGGUAGAUAACUUCGACUCACACACGACACUUAAACCGCAAGGUGAAGGUAUUGUGAAAAAGUGUGGUCGUUUGCCUUUGGCUUUAAAGGCAAUUGGAAGGCUUUUAAGGACAAAAACAGAUAGAGAAGACUGGGAUGACGUGUUGAAUAGCGAGAUAUGGGAUGUAGAAAUUGGUAAUGGCACUGAAAGUGGUAAAGAUGUGGAAAACAGUGACAAGAUUGUUCCGGCACUUAGGAUAAGUUACCAUGAACUUUCUGCAGAUUUGAAGCAGUUGUUUGCAUACUGUUCCUUGUUCCCCAAAGACUUUUUGUUUGACAAGGAGGAGUUGGUAUCGUUGUGGAUGGCAGAAGGGUUUUUGAACCCAUCCAAGUCACCAGAACGCUUGGGCCGUGAAUAUUUUGAAAUUUUAUUAUCAAGGUCAUUUUUCCAACAUGCACCUAAUGAUGAAUCAUUGUUUAUCAUGCAUGAUCUGAUGAAUGACUUGGCCACUUUUGUUGCCGGGGAAUUUUUCCUAAGGUUUGACAAUCAUACGAAGACAAAGACAGAAGCUUUGGCAAAGUAUCGCCAUGUGUCAUUUACUCGCGAGGAGUAUGUAGGUUACCCAAAGUUUGAGGCAUUCAAAGGAGCCAAAAGCUUGAGAACUUUUUUAGCAGUAUCUUUCGGUGUGGAUAAAGGUUGGAGUUAA